UAGCUCGGAUACUUUGUCCGCACUUCGGAUCAGUCUCCAAGCAAAUGGCGUCUUACAGGUGGAGUCUGUCGCGUCAAUUUUUUACAAAUGAUGACUGAAUCGUGAUAUUUAUCAUAAAUAACAAUUAAAUAUUCACAAAAAUAACAUAGAAUGAAAAUAUGAAUGAGGCGAGUGGUGGAAAACAAGAAUUACCAAACACUACAAACACGACAACGUGGGAUGUUAUGUCGAGCCAGUCGAUAUCUCCGGUAGCAGGCACAAUGCACCACCAUCACAAUCUUCACCAUCAUCACCCUUCAAUGAUGCAAACUCUUCACCAAGAUCUUGGCUCAAAUGUCAGCCAAGUUAUUGUUCCAACACCGGUCAAACUUCAACCCCAACCAAUGCCCCAGACUCAAAAUAUUGUUGAUCAUUGCUCUCCAUUGUCACAUUUACAGCAGCCGAUGCCAAUGAAUCAGGUUGGACCAGGUUAUCCACCAGAAGCAGAAUUAUCAUUAGAACUCCAACAGCAAGGAUGGAAAAAAUUUUGGAGCAAACGAGAAAACCGACCGUAUUUUUGGAACAAAUUAACCGGAGAAUCAUUGUGGGUGAUGCCAGGUACAAAACCGCAGUUUGAUCCUAUAACAGACCCUCUCGGAAUCUGCGGCGGAGGAGCACCAGUGCCGCCAGGAAACGGUCCGCUGACUCCGGGAACUCCGGGAGGCCCUCUGAAACGACGUGCCUCUGAAGACGGUAACCCAGCAGUCGCUAUAAAAAAAUUCGUACUUGCUGGCCCGUGGGACCUCGAUGUCCCGACUAAUGUUAUCAUUUUCGAGCGUGCACCAUCAAAUUUGCUGCACGUUCAUCCAGACGCAGAAGCUUUACGCUGUAGCCUACUGUCGAAGUUACGGCAGUGUUACCAGGAACUGUGUCACACGCGCGAGUCGAUAGACGCACCGAAAGAUUCGUUCAAUCGGUGGCUCAUGGAACGGAAGGUGAUUGAUUGCGGGUCGGAUCCUUUGCUGCCCAGUCAGUGUUUUCCCGAAAUAUCAAUGUCGAUGUACCGGGAGAUAAUGAACGACAUACCCAUUAAAAUAGUACGGCCUAAAUUCACCGGCGAUGCGAGGAAACAAUUGUCGAGGUACGCCGAGGCUGCUAAAAAAAUGAUUGAGUCAAGGUCAGCUUCUUCAGAGAGCAGAAAAGUUGUCAAGUGGAACGCUGAGGACACUUUUCAGUGGUUACGACGAACAGUUGGCGCGACUUUUGACGAUUUUCAAGACCGUCUUGGACACUUGAAGCGUCAGUGUCAGCCUCACCUCACGGAAACUGUUAAAACAAGCGUCGAGGGGAUUUGUUUGAAGAUAUACAACUUGUCGACAGACUACGCUAAAAAGGUGAAGGAUAAAAACAAUCAGAUAUUAAAAGACAAUGGCCUUGGAGAUGUGAUACCUCUUGGUGGACCAGCGAGCACUCAACGGAAAGUUUGGUGCUACCCGAUACAAUUUUCAUUGCCUGCACCACGAUUGCCGCAAAUCGAGUAUCUUCCUGAGCGUGAGCAAACAAUGUUACGCUAUCACGGUGACACUAUGUGCAUUAACAAUUCUCACUUAACGAAACUCGAGCACUUGUACAGGUACAAUUGUUUCGACGAUAAAAAGUUUGAAAUGUUUUUGCCGCGCGUUUGGUGCGCGCUUAAACGCUAUCAGACUUAUCUAGGAAUAAAUGAGGGACAUGCCACGCAAAUGGCAUUGCCUGUAACUGUCUUCGAGUGCCUGCAGAGAUCAUUUGGCGUAACAUUUGAAUGCUUUGCUUCUCCGUUUAACUGUUAUUUCCGACAAUAUUGCUCGGCUUUCGCCGACACUGACUCUUACUUUGGCUCGCGUGGGCCUUUCUUGGACUUCAGGCCGGUCAGCGGUUCUUUCCAGGCAAACCCACCGUACUGCGAAGAACUUAUGGAAGCUAUGGUCAAUCAUUUUGAGAGACUACUGUCUGACUCAACAGAACCGCUUUCAUUUAUUGUUUUUCUACCGGAAUGGCGCGAUCCGGCGCCAAAUGCACUCAUCAAACUUGAAAGCAGUCAUUUUAAACGUAAACAAGUUGUUGUGCCUGCUAUGGAACAUGAAUAUCGACAUGGUUUUCAGCAUAUACUACCCAAAGGUGAAGUCAAUAUCAGAGCAGCUCACGGAACUCUUGUCGUCUGGCUGCAAAAUGCAGCGGGUACAGCUCGUUGGGGCCCGACAGAAGAGCGUGUAGAAGCGCUGUUAGAAGCCUGGCGACCAGGAAGAGAACGAGAAAGAGACCGACAAGAACUUCUAUCACCUCCUAGACAACCAAGCCACCAACAAAUUCCAACAACUCCGCUUCCGCUUCCUUCGACGUGUCCAGCAGCUUCACCCACCAGUCCUUCAAUCGCUACCACCGCUCCACCACAAUCACUAACUAUUCCUAACGCAAUUCCCAGUACAACGGCAAUGCCUACUACCACUAACUCACCUACAUCAACAUUACCACCCUUAUCUUCAUCCGUUACAGCUCAUCCCAUUUAAUCAUGAUAACUUGAAUGAUCUCAUUGGUAAGCUACUUUUGUUAUCACUAUCACGGAUCAUUUACCUUAUUUUUACUUUUAAAAUUUUUUCUACUCGGCGCUUGCCGCUUAGUAGCUUGAUUAUCAUUAUCGAUAUUGUAAAUAAUAAAUCUUGAAUACAUGUACACUCGGGAAAAUUUGUUGUUAUAAGUUUUUAUAAGCAAAGAUAUAUAAAUUUAUUGUCCACAGUGAGUUUGAUUAUUUCUUUUUUUAUAAAUUUUAAAUUAAUGGUUGUCAAUUUUCUGAGUAAUUUACUUUGUAAUUACUUUAAUUGCUUUUUUUAUAGUUACAUUUAAAAUGUAUGUUGUGUUGAGUGUACAUUAAUUGAUAUGCUAGAUGAAGUAUAGAGAGUAAUUGAAAUAAUUAUUAGAAGAGGAAAUCUAUCGGAAAAUAUCACUGUAAAAUUUAUCAUAAUUAUUGUCAACAGAAGGUUAAUUGGCGCAUCAAUUAUUU